CGCGCGUACGCUCACUGGACGCGGCGAGUCUCUGCCCGCAAGCUCGCUGGUCGCGAGUGUUCUACUGCCAUUUCCGCCGGGAGAAGGCACCAGCCCGUAAGACAAUAUGAUCCUUCUCGGUUUUCCAGGGCGCGGCUAUCUCGAUGUAGGCGGGGCCUGCCUCCGGAUCUUGAAGCUUCUACAAUUUUCGGGCCCUGUGAACACACUCAAUUCAUUGUACUCUGCAAUCGUCCCCGGUCCUUCAUAGCGCACUCAUCCUCCAGGCAAGCCACAAGGCCGCUAGCCUCUGAUACCCUGCCCGACGGCAUCCGCUCAAAAGCAACGUCAUUCGACGGUGCAUCCCCGAUAGCCAGCUAUCUCCCCGCUCGCUGUUCCACUCUGAUAACGAGUUUGCACGACCAUUCACGACCUCAGCCUCGACGGAGGCGACGCACUCAACACCAUCUGUUAUGUCUUCAAUACCCUCCGAGAUGAGCUUUCGACCACGCUCAUUGUCGGGAGUGCGGGAGGUGAUCGAAUCGUACCGACGCGCGCAGGAAUAUCUGACAGACUCUGUGUCUGCCUCUGGGACCUCCGAUGAUGAAGAUUUUCUGGAGCCAGAGGAGCCAACCAUUGAGGAGGAGGACGCAGAGGCCGAGGCUACCCGCGAGGAAGAACAGCCGUUCGACGCUCUAAUGAGCAACCUGCAAUGGGACGAAGACCUGACCCCAGGUACUUCCGGGCAACCCACCGUCCUGAAUAGACGUCCCUUCCUCUUGCCGCACAGGACCUCAUCCCAGACCACCGCCAUCCUCAUUGGCGCACCCUCUUCACAGACUCCAAGGGCAGAGGAGCGCACGCCUCUUCUGAGGACUCCGACGGAUACGUCCUACCUACGACACCCAGAAACCGGUCCGCCCUCUAUUCAGACGCAGGCAGAUCGAGAUGUUCUUGCUCCCGGGCGAGUUAUGUCGCGGCGUCCGUCGCAAAUGAGCGUCGGGCGCGCUCGCCAGACAGUCGGCAAGACCAAGACCAUCUCAGGACACAGUACAUACGGCCAGACGCUGUUCAACGCAAUCGCUAUCUUGCUCGGGAUAGGAAUGCUGUCCGAACCUCUGGCAUUUGCGUAUGCAGGUUGGAUAGGCGGGACAGUCAUCAUUAUCUUCUAUGGUUGGAUUACUUGUUAUACCGCAAAGAUCCUCGCCCAUAUUAUUCUGGAUGACCCGAGGUUACGAUCCUACUCUGACAUCGGAAAGAAGGCAUUUGGACCGCGUUCAGGUCCCUGGAUCAGCGCAGUGUUCUGCUUGGAGCUCUUCACUGUUAGUGUUGCAUUGGUGACUUUAUAUGCGGACUCCCUACGCGCAGUCUUGCCCACAUAUUCUGCGAAUACAUACAAGCUGAUUGGUUUGAUUAUCCUGGUACCCACAACGGUUUUGCCUCUGUCUGUCCUAUCAUACACAUCGAUUCUAGGCAUCCUCUCCACGCUACUCAUCAUCGCAGUAAUGGUGAUAGACGGCCUCUCCAAACCCGAUAGUCCCGGUAGUCUUUGGGAGCCCGCGCCCACGAGCUUGGGCAUUCGCACUCCAUUGCAUCUAGGUUUGGCUUUUGGGCUUUUCAUGGCAGGCUUUUCUGGACAUGCGGUCGUGCCUUCGCUUGUGCGAGAUAUGAUUGACCCGUCGCAGUUUGAUGCUAUGAUCACUCAAGCGUUCACAGUGGCGACCGGUAUUUACGGUGUCAUCGGUGUCGCUGGGUACUUGAUGUUCGGAGACGCGGUCAGUGAGGAGUUCAGCCAAGAUAUUGCGAAAUAUAGUCCAUUCCCUGUACUGAACAAGAUUGCCCUUUGGGGGCUUGUCCUGGCUCCUCUGUCGAAGUUCGCGCUUGCAACCCGUCCAUUGAACCUUACACUGGAAAUGAUGUUGGGCAUCGACAGCGGCAGUGGCAUGCUCGACGAUCACGGCAUCAAGGCGCCCUCACAGGACCCAGAAGCUGCGCGGUCAACGUCAAAACGCCAUCGCGCACGUCAUGGUGCGCUCACAGCGGUCGAGCGGGCACUCUUCACGCUGUGCUCAGUUGCCGUGUCGAUAUUCGUGCCUGACUUCAGCGCGAUGAUGGCGUUCCUCGGCGCAUUUUCGUCCUUCCUGCUGUGCGUUAUCGGCCCGGUGUCAGCCAAGAUUGCGCUAGCGGGGCGGUGUGGAUGGUGGGACGGUUUCUUGCUCGUGAGCGGGAUCAUCAUGGCCACUUGGGGGACGAUAGCAUCGUUCUGGUCGAUGCAGUAGUGGACGCAUUGAUGUACAGAAUUCUUAUGUCGUGUACGAUCCAGUAGUACUUCUCACCUGAUGCACAUGUCAUUUGUGAGCUGUA